AUGGCGGACCAGCAGAGUAAUCGGCCUCAUCGGCCCAAGAAAGAAAAGAAGCCGCAUACGGGAGAUAGAAAUCCCAAGGCAUUUGCAUUUGCUGCGCCGGGCAGACUGAAGAAGCAGGCUGCACGAUCUUCAGAAGUCAAAGAAAAGCGCCUCCAUGUACCGCUUGUUGACCGUCUCCCGGAAGAGGCACCCCCAAUCGUCGUCGCCGUCGUUGGUCCUCCAGGCGUUGGAAAAACAACUCUGAUAAAGAGUUUGAUCAGACGAUAUACCAAACAAACACUGUCUACGCCCAAAGGCCCCCUCACAGUCGUCACAUCGAAGCGCCGACGCCUCACCUUCAUAGAAUGUCCCGCCGACUCCCUCGCCAGCAUGAUCGACAUCGCAAAGGUCGUCGACAUAUGUCUACUGAUGAUUGAUGGCAACUACGGUUUUGAGAUGGAGACAAUGGAGUUUCUCAAUGUGUUGAGCGCCAGCGGUAUGCCCGGAAACGUUUUUGGUAUCUUGACCCAUUUGGAUCUAUUCCGAAAGCAAGAGACACUUAAGCUACAAAAAAAGCGGCUCAAGCACAGGUUUUGGAGCGAGCUGUACCAGGGCGCCAAACUCUUCUACCUUAGUGGUGUCGUCAAUGGGCGAUACCCCGAUCGCGAAAUCAUGAACCUGUCGAGGUUUUUGAGCGUGAUGAAGAAUCCUCGACCGUUGAUUUGGAGAAACUCGCAUCCCUACUGUCUUGCAGAUAGGUUCCUGGAUAUCACGCCCCCGACUGAUAUUGAGCAAAACCCAAAAUGCGAUCGCACCGUGGCGCUGUACGGUUACCUGCGCGGAACAAACUUCCCAGCUGGACGCUCAAGAGUACACAUACCAGGUGUGGGCGAUCUUACCGUGAGCUCGACCGAGGCGCUACCAGACCCUUGUCCCACACCGUUUGCAGAAAAACAGGCUGAAAAGGUUUCGGGCAAGAAGAAGCGCGCAAGACUGGGCGAGAAGCAAAAGAUUUUGUAUGCGCCAAUGUCUGACGUUGGCGGUGUGCUUGUCGACAAGGAUGCCGUUUACAUUGAUGUCAAGACUGCGACAUUCGACCCCGAGGCAGACUACUCUGAAAAGGGACUUGGGGAGCAGAUGAUGAUUGGUCUCCAGGGUGGAAAAAAACUGUUAGGUGAAGAUAAUGGGAACUUUAGGCUCUUCAGGGAUGGCGACGUAGUCGACAACAAGAAUCUCGACAAUGACGACGACGUUGCAGAUACUGGUCGAAAGUCACAACGGACAGCUAGAGCAGCGGAUGCGGACGAUGUUGAUGAUGCAGAUCUUGAGGACAUCGACAGUGACGACGAAGAGUUGCAGCAAGAUCACAGCGACGCAGAUGACGACGAGGAUGACACUGGAUUCCUCGAAACCCGGCCGCCUCGUAAUGAUCUCAAGCUUGGACGCAAGGAGAAAGAAGUCAAUGGCGAUACAAACGAAGACGUGGCAUUUGCGGACAGUGACUCGGAUCUUGGUUCAAUAUCUGGAGACGAGAACGAUCUUGAUGGGCUUGAAGACGGCGACUUUGGUUCAGAAGAGUCAGACGAUGAGGAUGCUGAAGAUGGUGCACGCUGGAAAGCCAAUCUACGGGAGAAUGCCGCCAGAAUACAUGGGCAGAGGCGGCCCUACCGUGUCACUGACCUUGCAAAAAUGAUGUACAACAUGGAUCUCGCGCCACAGCAAGUUAUUCAAAAGUGGAGAGGUGAUGAGAAAGAGGAGGAUAUUGAAGACGAGGAUGAAGACGAGGAGGAUGGCUUCUUCAAUAAGCGAAAAACGGACGAUGCUGCCAACGCCGAAGACCGAUAUAUUCCCAAGUUCAACUAUGAAGAGCUGGAGGAAAGAUGGGAAGACGAGGAAAACGUCGAGGCUUUGAUGAGUCGCUUUGCUACUGGUCACAUGAAUGGUAAGGGAGGCGAUGAUGGAGAGGAGGGUGAUGACUUUGAAGGCUUUGAUGAAGAUGAUGAGGGCGAUGGAGAAUUUGAAGACUUGGAGACUGGCGAGAAGCACGGAGGCGAGACUGAGAAGACUGAAGCCGAAGCCGAAGCCAACUCCAUCGAAGCAGAGCGCGAGAAGAAUGCACGACGGAAAGAAGAACUGAAACUUCGAUUCGAGGAGGAGGACCGAGAGGGCUUCAUGAACGACAAGUCAGACGGUCGAAAAGAAGGUGGCGAAGAAGAAGAGUUUGGCGAGGAUGACUGGUACGAUGCUCAAAAGGCCAUGAUUCAAAAGCAGCUUGACAUCAACCGCGCCGAGUUCGACCAGCUCGAUGAGGACUCACGCGUCCGCGUUGAAGGUCACCGAGCAGGCACAUAUGCGCGUAUCGUGCUCGAAAACGUGCCUUGCGAGUUCUCGCAAUACUUCAAUCCCCGCUUUCCUGUCCUAAUUGGCGGUCUCACACCUACAGAGGAGCGUUUUGGAUAUGUGCAAAUACGCAUCAAGCGACACCGAUGGCACAAGAAGAUUCUCAAGACAAACGAUCCCCUCAUCUUCUCCCUGGGAUGGCGCCGAUUCCAGACCACGCCCAUCUACAGCAUCUCGGAUUCACGAACACGAAACCGUAUGCUCAAGUAUACACCAGAGCAUAUGCACUGCUUCGGUACCUUUUACGGGCCGCUUGUUGCUCCAAACACGGGUUUCGUCUGCAUCCAGAGCUUAUCUAACAAGACACCUGGAUUCCGCAUCGCAGCUACCGGCGUAGUACUCAACGUCGACGAAAGCACCGAAAUCGUCAAGAAGCUCAAGCUCACCGGCCAUCCCUACAAGAUCUUCAAAAACACGGCCUUCAUCAAAGACAUGUUCAAGUCGGCCCUCGAAAUCGCAAAGUUCGAAGGCGCAAGCAUCCGCACCGUCUCCGGUGUACGAGGUCAAAUCAAGCGCGCCCUCAGCAAACCAGAAGGCAACUUCCGUGCCACCUUCGAGGACAAAAUCCUUAUGAGCGACAUCGUCUUCCUCCGCGCCUGGUACCCCAUCAAACCCCACCGCUUCUACAACACCGUCACCAACCUCCUCCACCCCGCCUCCCCCACUGACCACCCUGGCGAAUCCACUUCAUGGACCGGCAUGCGUCUCACGGGCGCGGUCCGCCACGAAGCCGGCCUGUCCACCCCCUCUGAACAAAACAGUGCCUACCGCCCCGUGGAACGCCAAACCCGCGUCUUCAACCCGUUGCGUGUGCCUCGCAAACUCGCCGCAGACCUCCCCUUCAAAUCCCAAGCCGCAGUCACCAAACCCCAGAAGAGUGCCACGUACAUGCAAAAACGCGCCGUGGUGCUGGGUGGCGAGGAAAAGAAGGCCCGCCGCUUGCUCAGUCAGGUGGUGGCGAUUCGCAAUGACAAGGUUGAGCGGAGGAGAAAGAAGCAGGAUGAGCGCAAAGAUGGGUAUAGGAAGAAGGUCGAGGAGAAUGCGGAGAAGAGGGCUGAGCGGGAGAAGAGGGAGAAGAACGAGUAUUGGGCUAGGGAGGGUAAGAAGAGAGCGAGGCAGAGUGAUGGUGGUGGGGGUGGGAAGAGGAGGAAGUAA